UAGUAAAAAAACACUUGUGUCGCACACAGUGUGACUUUGUGUCGCCUGUGUUGCUUGCUGAAUAGCAGUCUGUGUCGCAUGCGCGAGAAAACCAGCUCGACUAACAACACUGUGUACGAUUACAUCAUGGUCAAACUCGUCAUAUAGAUGCAAUCAGCGAUCAGUUGCGUUCGAGUUACCAAAGUACACGGUUGUUGUUAAUAUUUCAUACAAUUCUUAUCAAUAAUUUCUUGAAAGCACACCACAAUUCAAAAAUGGGUCACGAAGGAGAAGUCGUCCACAUUCAGAAUUCCGAUGAUUUGAAGGCUAAGCUUACAGAUGCUGGCAAUAGUUUGGUAGUUAUUGAUUUUUUUGCCGUAUGGUGUGGACCUUGCAAGAUGAUUGGGCCACUAAUUGAAGAACUGGCAAAGGAACUAUUAGAUGUCGUUUUUCUCAAGGUUGAUGUGGACGAAUGCGAAGACAUUGCUGCUGAUGAAAUAUCCAGUAUGCCCACGUUUAUUUUUAUAAAAGAAGGCAAAGUAUUGGAGACUUUCUCUGGCGCGAAUUAUGAAAAACUGAAAACUACAGUUCAAAAACACAAAUAAAUAAUAUACCAUGAUUGUUUAAAUAUAUUGGUUUUUUUAAAGAACAAAAGUAAUACUGAGAAUUAGCACCAUUUUAGACACAUAUUGAACAGCUAUUUAUGCAUAUAUAAAUAAAAGCAGCGAAUUUUGCAUUAUGUCACAGAUGUCUAAGCUAAAGUCGCCAACUUCAGGCUAGUAGUAGUAUAGGUAUCUGUGCAUUGUGCACAUUGAAAGAAACUGAAACAA